AUCCAAAUCUUGUAGGCCUUGACAUGCUUUGUCCGAUCGCAAUGUAUAGGCCGAAACCUCGAGUUUCAUCUCCUGCAUGGGUUCAAUAUCAACAAGAUUCUCAAAAACUUGCUGAUCAAAUUAAAAAAAAAAGACCUUCAAUAGUUGUGGAAAGUGAUUUAUCAACGGAAACUUCAUUAUUUAAAGGUACAAGGAUUAAUAGUAAAGGUGAAGAAAGACCUUUAGAACAAUAUGAUCUUGAUGUUUUAAAAUGGGAUAAAGUUGGCAUUGUCCCUGAUAUAAUCGACAAUACAAAUACCAGA